AUGAAAAUCUUAAUCACUGGUGCCGGCGGCUUUGUUGGACAAUACCUUGCUAGAGAGCUACUCAAAGAUCCAGAGAACAAGCUGAUCCUGACCGACAUAACGGUCUUCUCUACCCCGCCCUCUUCAAUCCACCCCGAAAACGCAAUAUGCAUCCAAGCAGAUCUAGUCAAAGAGCCACAAGCGGUUCUUAUUGAGAAAAUGGAUGCUGUAUACGUUCUCCAUGGAAUUAUGUCAUCCGGCGCAGAGGCAAACCUCGAUUUGGGCUUGAAAGUCAAUGUCGACGCGACACGCCACUUACUGGACUGCAUCAGGAAGAAAGGAUGGCAUACUCGAUUUAUUUAUGGCUCUAGUAUUGCCGUAUACGGUCGUCCUUUCCCUCAAAAAAUCACGGAAGAUGUGUAUCCUACGCCUGAGGGGUCAUAUGGCAGCGAAAAGGUGAUAUGCGAAACGCUCAUCAACGACUAUACCAGACGGGGGUAUAUCGAUGGGUUUGCAAUUCGCUUACCUGGUGUGAUUAUUCGGACAGGAGCCCCUACUCAAGCCGCGAGCAGCUUUCUCAGCGGCAUUAUCAGGGAGCCACUGGCAGGGAAGAAAUGUGUUGUGCCGACGAAGGAUCGAUCAAAGACGUUCUGGGUCUGUUCCAUCAAUGACAUAGUAUUGAAUCUAGUCUAUAUUCUUGGUUUGCCCAGCGAUGUAUUGCCUUUGCAUAGACGAGUGUUGAAUGCGCCGGGAAUGGUGGUUACGAUUCAAGAGAUGAGGGAUACCUUGGCAAAGGUCGCUGGUCAGGAAAUGUUGGACUAUAUAGAGGAAGUGGAGGACACCACGUUCGCAGACUUGGUUCAAUCGUGGCCAUGCAACUUUGAUGUGUCUUUGGCUUCCGGUGUCGGCCUCUCGGUGAGGGAGACCUUUGGGCAAGCAGUGGAGGAAUAUGUUCGUAGUCUCUGA